ACCGUUCAGUUGUAGCUAUCGCUUUCGUACUGAACAGAACGAACAGCGGAACAUCCGGAACGACACACAGAUAUAUGAAAAUACAUACGAUUCUUCCAUAGAUUCGCACGCGAAUUUUAUUUCAUCGACGAAAUUAUAAGUCAACUGAGAUAUAAAUACGUGAAACAGAAAACCGACAACAAUAAGAACAAAAUAAUUAUACGUGAAAAUUACCAUUGCAAAGACGAACAAAAAUUACCGAAAAAAGUGUAUUAAUCAUAAAUUAGCUGUGAGUGAACGUUCUUUUUUUUCUCGUCUCCGUGUCUUGCUUGUGUCGCUCGUGUAUAAAACGAAAUACAUCAAAAAAGAAAGAAAUAGACAACACAACCCGUACCUGAAAUAAAUUGAACGAAUGCAGAGAAUUAAGAUGCGAAUUUCGAUCGAAUGACCGACCGACCGACCGUAUAGCUUGAUAAUGGGAUAUCAUGUUACACGCUCUCUUCGUGUUCGUUUCUUACUGAACAUCAAAAAAUUCAUCGAAAUAUCCGAACGAUGUACGCACAAUUAAACAAAGGAUCUGAUAUAAUCCACACAUCCUGUGUGAUGCUAAGUAAUAAAUUACUUUUGCUUCGAUAAAAAUCCAAAGAAAAAGCGAGUAAAUUACAGUGAACGAAGAAACGAAGAGAAGAAACGCCAACCACGACGACGACGACGUCGAAAGAAAAAAGCUAGCCGAAGGGCGAGUACAGAGCUUGAACUCAAUAACCAUUACCAUCGAAUAGAGAAAAAAAGUAAAAAAAAAACAACAAGAAGAAAACAACAUCAACAACAACAAAAAUCGCACAAACUCCACAAUUCAAUGUACAAAACGAAAUUUAUUUUUGUCAUUCAACGUUCUACGAAGAAUGGUUUGAAAAAGUGAAACGUAUCAAUCACGCGUAUGGCUACCGAGAGAAAGAAAGAGUGGUGUGUAAGUGUGAACUGAAAAGAAGAAAUGGUUGACACUAAAAAUAGAAGCAAAAAACAGCAGUGAAUACGCGCACGGAACAAAAUAAAAACGAACACUAAUAACAUUGUAAUUCAUUAACCGGAUUCGACCUUUUCAGAAAAACGAAAAUUGAAAGGAAUACAACUACAGAAAAAAAAACAUUCAGGUGCUAAUGCAAGUAUGACCCAAAAGACUUUACCAUUCACAAGAAAGCAUUUCAACAAGAAAAAUUGAAGACAACGACGACGACAACGGCGACGACGACAAACUUUCUGUUUCGACGACAGAAAAAAAAGUUUGUUUUUUUGUUUUGUUCGCGAUUGGAAAUUGUAGAGAAAAGGAAAAAAAACCAUCAGAUAAAAUUCAUAUUGUGUACCAUUCUUAUCCAAAAACAUUUAAAAAAAAAACGAAAAUGUCAGACAUUUGGAAAUGAAAAAGAAAAACGAACGAAUAAUGCAAGUGUAAGAAAACCGAAGCAAAAAACAAUAAGCAGCUAAAUGUAAUCGGCAAUCAUGUACCACGAUGAAAAACUUCGCGUAAGAUCACCCGAAAACAAUGACGAAAGAGCGCAAAUAACAGAACAAUAGCUACUUUCCCCGACACUGAAAAAGCACUUAGUGUCACCGAGCCCUAUUUCAACGAAACGAACAAAACACAACAAAAACGAAGCCAACAAGGCGGCGUUAAAACAGCAUACGGUGCAAAAUAGCUAAAGUCAACGGAAAAAACGAAUAUAAAAUAAAUAAAUACACUUGUGUUUAACGAUGAAAUGGAUAUGCUGUUUGCCGAUAGAAAGUGAGCAAGUAAAAGAGUAAAAAGGUGCAUGAGGUACACGACAAUUAAAUAAAGUAAAGUGAAUAAGAGAGUGAGAGAGGAAAAAGCAUUACCCUUGGAAUAAUGCGAAUCGUCGUUGUUACAAGUAACAACAGCAAAGGAGCAUAGAAGAAGAAGAAGGAAAAGAGGAGCAUUGGUGCAAAGAAGAAUUUUUACAAUUGAGAAAAAGACGACAACCAGCAUCAAAUACCAGCAUCAGAUCGACACAUACACCUCUAUCUAUCUGGCAAACACACAACCCUCCUCAAACCAAACAUUCACACGAGCAAGGACUCUGGCUCUCUGUCAAACAACAGCUGAACAAUAUAUAUACGAGAGAGAGAGAGAGAGAGAACCAAGUACAAAUUCACCCGCACACGUAUUUAUUCACAGCAAACAACAGCGAAUCAAAAAAUAACAAAUAAAAAAAAGCAAAGUAAAAAAGAGCAACAAUAACAACGACAAUAACACAAAUAACCAAACAAAGAAGAAAAAACACAGCAACAGCAGAGAAAAAACAUACAUAUUCCGUGUACCAUAAAGUAGUAAAGCAAACUGAUCCUGGAUGAAAGAAAGUGGCAACGUAGAGAACGAAAAGAGCAAAGGCCAUCUACACGAAGCACCAAUUGCAGCAGCCAGUGAAAAAAGAGCUUGAUUGAGAGUGAAAGUGUGAGAAGAUAGAGAGAGAGAGGUGAAAGAAUAUUUAUUUAUUUCUUUCGUUUUCUAUUUUUUUUUUUCAUUGCCCAGAACGAAGUCGAAUGUAUGAAAUAAAUUCAGAACAAAGCAAGGGCCAGAAAGGAAAAUAAAGAAUAAGAAUAAAAAUAAGAAUAAAAACAACGCGUAUAUUGGUACAAAACGCACACACAUUUUUGGUCCUAAUGCCUGUGAAUAAAUGAAAACAAGCAUGGAGCAAAAUGUUAUCCGAACAAACGGCACAGUAAAUAUGUUGACGAUUCGAAUGGUGUGAAAAUACGAUAUAAAUUGCAACAUCGACACUAAGGGCGAAAUAACAAAUAAUAUAUAUAUAUAAAUAAAUAAAAAUAAACAUAAAAAUAAAAUAGAACGGAAAUAAAGAACGAAACACAAACCACCGGAACGAUAAGCGGAAAUCGAACGACUUCGUGGAACAAAAGAGAAGUAUAAGUGGGAAACGUGUAAAAGAGGAACGAACUGCAAGAAUCAGAGGAGCGAAAGAGAGUGCCAAAGAUAGAACACGUUGAAUUUGAGCGAAAGGGUGCGAAUUAUUCGAAGAAAGAGUGAAAAAGAGAGCUGCAUCAAAAGCUGUGGUGACACACAGGUAGAGAGUGAGUUUGUGCAAAAGACAGAAAUUGAGUUCGAAAAGCGUUUUGCUUUGGAUUGGUUUGGUGUGUGUGUGUAUGUGUGUAAAAAGCAUUGAACCUAUAGGCGAACGGAGAGUGAGAGACAGAGAGGAGUAACACGGAGCAAAAAGCGGAAAGCACAUAAUAAAGUACAAGUCUAUACACAACAAAAAUGAUGCUUAUGAUCAUAAUCCACACUCUUGCACGUAUGUGCUGCCAAUGCCGUCGUGCUUGGCCAUUGUACACAAUCGUAAUGCUGUUCAUAUUCGACAAAAUUGAUAUGGUGAAAUAUGCGUUGCCGUCCUCCUCUGCCAUCACAGCAACAACGACGCUGACGACAACAACAACGACUUCAACGAACAACAAUAACUUUCGAAAUGACUCUCAGCUGCUCGUAUCAUACUUUGGGCACACAGCACCUGUCAACACAAUGCCGCACAUGGGCGGACUAUAUACGAGCAGUACGAAUCGUGGCGGUGGCCGAACUAUACUCAGCCACUCGCGAAAUGGUUUGCCCAUUCGAUCGAACAAAUGGUCAAGCGAUGGCCGAUUGAUUCGUACGGGCGGUGACAUAAUACUUGGCGGUAUUUUUCCAAUGCACGAGCACAACAUUAAUAAUCCGGAAUAUCCGUGCGGAAUGGUAAAAGAAGAGAAAGGUAUACAGCGACUGGAGGCCAUGAUGUAUGCAUUAGACAAAAUUAACAAGAACGACGACGAUCUACUGCCAAACGUAACGCUGGGCUCAUUAAUCAUUGACUCAUGCAGCAGCGAUACCUAUGCACUGGAGCAAUCGAUGGAAUUCGUGCGUUAUUAUAUGAAUCAGGACAUGUCUGAGUAUAAAUGCGAGAAUGGCAAACCUCCGACAUUCAUACCCCACAAACCGGUUGCUGGUGUCAUUGGUGCUUCGUUUAGCGUUGUUUCGAUAAUGGUAGCAAAUAUUUUACGAUUAUUUCGGAUUCCACAAAUCAGCUAUGCAUCGACAAGUACGGAGCUCUCAGAUAAGUCACGUUUUGAGUAUUUUAGCCGUGUUGUACCGCCAGACAACUACCAAGCCCAGGCGAUAGCUGAAAUUGUAAAAUCAUUCGAUUGGCGAUACACCAGCACCGUUGCUGUUGAAGGCGAAUAUGGUGAAAAGGGUAUUGCAUCGUUCAUUCAGACGGCAAAUGCUUUAGGUAUUUGUGUGGCUGUAUCGGAGAAAGUAAGUCGCCAUUCUAAACCGGAGGAUUUUGAUCGAAUCAUCGAACGACUUUACAGUAAGCCGCAGGCACGUGUGGUCGUGAUGUUUGUCGAUGAAGACAACAUACGAAAAAUUCUACAAGCCAGCAUUCGUGCAAACAAAACCGGCCAUUUUAUUUUCGUUGGCAGUGACUCUUGGGGUGCAAAAUCGCACCCGGUACGUGAUCAGGAAUUUGCUGCAGUGAAUACGAUUACAGUUCUCCCACAAAGAACCAAUCUUGACGGAUUUGAUGAAUACUAUAAAUCAUUGAGGCCACGCCUAAGUCCUGAAGACUGUACCCAAAUGUUUGUCAAUAAACGGCAUCCGCGUGAUCCAAAAUUACAGAUCAAUUGCCGGAAUAUCUGGUUCAACGAAUUCUGGGGCCAACAUCAUAAGUGUAGUUUUGUGCCGGACGAACGGUUGCCACGAUGCACGGGCAAUGAAACGCUCACAAAUUAUGAGCAGGAAGGAUUGGUGCCUUUUGUCGUUGACGCAGUGUACGCGAUGGCACACGCGCUCCAUAAAAUUAUGAAAGAGAAUUGUAAAGAUCUUGAAUUCAGUCAAUGUGAUGCACUGCAACCAGGUCCCGCCGGUCCAGAUUUGUUGCGAGCCAUCCGUGAUGUAAACUUCAUCGGCAUGCAAGGCACACAAAUUCGAUUCAAUAAGCAUGGCGAUGCAUAUGGUUACUACAAUAUAUAUCAGUAUCAACGAGCUGGCAAAAAAUAUGACUACAUUCAAAUUGGAACAUGGAAAGAGUCGUUGGAUUUGCGCAACGAGACGUUGCGGUGGGAGAAUGAUGAUCAGCCAAAGUCCAUUUGCUCCGAACCGUGUCCGGCCGGCCAUGUGCACAACCAUCAAGAUCAAUGUUGUUGGUCGUGUGUUAAAUGUCGUGAAGAGUUUGAGUUCGUGAAAAAUGACACGUGCAUAUCAUGUGAACCGGGAUAUGCGCCAAACGAACGAAAAAAUGGCUGUGAUAAAUUGAGAGCCGAAGUAAUUGAUUGGCUGAGUCCGUGGGCAUAUGUGCCGUUGAUAUUUGCCAGUGCCGGCAUAUUGGCUACAACAUUCACUAUUUGCGUUUUCAUAAAAUUCAAUCACACACCUGUUAUAAUGGCGUCUGGACGUGAAUUGUGCUAUGUGCUUUUGACCGGUGUUUGCCUGUGUUACGUAAUGACAUUUAUAAUAUUGGCAAGGCCAACUGUGAUACGAUGCGCAUUGCUGCGAGUUGGCCUCGGUCUGUGUCUGUCGCUGUGCUACAGUGCGAUUUUCGUGAAAACCAAUCGAAUCUCUAGGAUAUUCAAUUGCGGUGUCAAAGCAGUGUCUAGACCUAUUUACACAUCACCAAUAUCACAAAUAGCAAUUUGCCUGUGCAUUGUAUCGGUUCAAUUAGUGGGCACCGCUGGAUGGUUAGUAUACGAAGUCCCUGACAUCAAGGAAAUUCAUCCGCAACCAUUAACCGCUGUACUGACGUGCAAGGUGUCAACAUUUUCAUUGAUCAUGUCGCUUGUCUACAAUAUGGUUCUGAUACUCUUGUGCACACUGUAUGCAUUCAAAACACGAAAAAUUCCGGAAAACUUCAACGAGGCCAAAUACAUUGGUUUCACCAUGUAUUCGACAUGCAUCGUGUGGUUGGCAUUUUUACCAAUCUACUUUGGAACCAAUAAUGAUUACAAGAUCCAAGUGUCCAGCAUGUGCAUGUGCUUAAUGAUUUCGGCAACAGUCUCAUUGACAUGUCUGUUCCUGCCAAAAGUCUAUCUGGUGCUAUUUCAACCGUACAAAAAUGUACGCAACGCCACUGGCCUAAGUGUGAAUCGGUUAGCAGCUACGGACUCAAACCGCCAACCGAAUAAUAUGCGAUUCUCGGGAACUCGCAGCCAAACCUUUUGUCACUCAAUGACAUCAUCAGCCAUUACAAAAUCCGGAUCAAGUUCACGACUCAGUCACCGAGUUGUAAAUAAUACGAUGGCAAGUGAUGAUGCCGUCGACAUAUCGGUUCAAACAGAUCAAGAGCAGCAACCGCAACAAAUUCAAAUCGAACCACAAGGCAAUGCUCAAUUGACAAUAUCUGCAGUAGUCGAUGCUGCAACCGAACUACCGUGCUGUAGCCGCACACUAACUGAAACUAAUCAACCACAUGUAGCCAAUAACGAAGGUCCUGUGACUGUAGCGAGUUCACCAUCAUCACCGCCACCAUCAUCGUUGCUGCCAUCGACACCGACAACAUCGACGACGACGACGACACCGACAACAAUAAUGGACGUCACUGCUGCUGCCGCCACCACCAAAUCAAUGAAAGAAAAUGGCCAUAAAUCCAUUAGCACCACCGAAAACACUCAUAAUACCGAUGCGUCGGAUAGCAUUAGUCGUGUAAGUAGUAGCAAUAGCGUACACAACCAAAACAGAAAAUCGUCAAUAAAUCUAGAACCAGGCUUUAUUGAGACUAUCAUGGAUGACUACAUCAGAAAGACAAACUAAACACGCCAUGCAUACAUACGAUCCCUCAUCCGACACACACCCCACCCACUUCGACGGAAUAAAAUUCGUGUUACGAUAGAAACUUCGAAAAAAGAAGGAAAAUACGAAGAAAAUUGAAAUAAAUAAAUUUAUAUAAAUAGAUAAGAGAAACAGAGGAAUAAAAAAGAAGUACGAGACUAUUCGAACAAAACAAAAAUCAGAAGCGCAACAAUUAAAAGCUCUGUUAAUCGCACACAUAAAAUUACUGGAUGGAGUGUUUUUGUGAUUUGAGGCCAUUUUGAAAAUGUUAUUAUUGAGAAAGACAAACACAUCCACAUGUUUUUCGCAUGGCCUCAUGUGCCCCCCUAGCACACACAUAUACACACACACAUCAAAGCAAUUACAGGCUACUCUAAUAAAAAUAGGACAUUUAUCGAUGUCUCUCAGACCGAAUUAAAAACAAAGACGAGAGCGAAUAAGAAGAAAAGAAGAGAAAUAAGCGAAGAAAAACAAAACACAGUCGUAAAUUCUAUUUUGAAAACAUAUCAGAGAGAUAGAGAGCAAGCUGCCCAUCUCGCACAAAAAAUACACAAAUUCAAAAAUGUUUAAGACGAAAAAUGGCAUUAUCGUAAUCGUAAUCGUGAGUGUAAGAGAGAGAUAGACACACACGCAGAUUGAAAGAAAACAGAAUUGAAGAGCCACCACACAAAACCCACCUACUCAACACACACGCACACUCGAGAUAUAUUCGGAGCGUAUUGUGAGCUUAUCUAUAUGUGCAUGAUCUAGUUGAAUUUUUGUUUUGUCUAUAACAUAUUGAAUCGAUUCGAUUCGCUGACAUUUGUAUUCGACGUGAUAGUGUUUUUCUCUUCUACUCAUCCCUCUUCCUCUCCCCCGCUCCCUCAUACCACCACCAUAUCCCCAUCCUCCUUCGCAUUCCAUCUCGAGAAGGAAAAAAUAAACAAUAAACGAAUGAGAAAAACCAAACAAAAGAAUGUCACCACAUGUUAAAGAUAAAAGUAUAUUUAAUUAUAGAUAAAUUUAGACUGAUAAAUAGAAGAAACUUGACGCAAAAUCGCCACCCUAGAUAAUCAAAAGAAAUUCAAUUGGAAAUAGUGAGAAUGUUCCGAAAUCGUGCGCGUGUUAGAUACAAAGCAAAGAAAAAGUGAGAGAAGAAAUCACUCGUAAUAAUAUUAACACAUUACCACAAAAAUCAAAGGUUUAAACAUAAUUAAAAAAAACAACUCAAUAACAAGCGACAUGCAAACGCUUAUUAUUAUCACUAUUUCUGAUUCGGAUUACAUGCGCGCGCGCUCGCGCGUAACUUAGACCGUAAAUUAUAUAUUUUUGUUCCUGUACAAAUGAAAAUGAUUAAUAUGUGUCAUUAGCACAACAACAGAUAGAGAGAACCUCACACAGAGAGAAUCUCUUUGUCCGAGAGUAAACCGAUAAAUAAUCUAAUAGUAAAUUAUGUUAAUAAAUCCAAAUGCCCGAGGCGAUAGAGACCGACGUUAACAAAUAAAGCAAGUAAAGUUUUCUGUUUCAGCUUGUUAUUCGGCGAAGCAGAAUGGGAAGCGAAUGUCACCCAUCCAGAAUUAGCCAAUAAUUACUAUAAAUAUCAUAAAGAAAAAACAAAAAUUAAGCAAUUGUUACUUUCCCCCACCCUCAUACUCCCCGAAAAAAAGAAGAGUCACAAAUCGGCAAACCGCUCUGAAUUGCCUACGUGUGUGUGUGUGUGUAUUGAACAAAAAAAAAUCACUUCAAUUCAAUUGAUCAAUUGAUCUCUGCUUACGUCAAAUUAUUUGGAUAUUUAAAAAAGUAAAUGUUAAAGGAAAACCAAAAAAAAAAAAAUUAAUGCAAAAAAAACAAGAUUUAAAUUAAAUUUAUUGAUACCAACAAAAAAAAAUGUUCGUGUUAUAAGCGAUGAUUACUUGUAUAGUGAAACAAAAAAAUUUAAACAUUUACCACAAUCGACCUUCUAAAGGUCGUUAGUUCAUUUUAAGAGAACAUUUAGCACACAUCAAAUUUAAAGAGAAUAUAUAAGUGGACAAAAAAAAAUGCCAAAACAAAUCAAGUGAAGAGACUAGCACAAAUUGUAUUUACGUUUUAAUCUUUGUUUAUUUUCAAUGUAAAAUGUAUGUUUAUUUGAUUGUUACCUAAUAUAUUUAACACCAGACAUUUGCAAAAUGUCAGGUUUAUCUCGUCAUAUGUGAUGCGUACUGCAUAAAAGAUGAAGAAGAAGAAGAAGAUCUAGAAGGAGAAAACACACACAUACAAUUGCUCAAAAACAUUGUCGUAGCGUAUCCAAGCUCGAUGGCCUUUUUGCUUGUGUUGUUCAGAUCCAUUUUACGGUUUAAUUUAAUCAAACUAUUAAAAUAAAUUAAAUUAUGAUUUUCACGCUAAAAACUAUGUAUAUUCUCCGCUGACAACUUGUCUGCACUUGAACAACUUAUUUUUCUGUUUUUGCUCAAAAGCCCUUAUUUCGGUACAAAUUAUCCUUUCGAGCUGAAUCGGUCACCAUCGACGGCGGCAGCAGCAGCAAACGGCAACGGGCCAGUGAAAGUCAAAUAGUUGAAGACCGUAAAUUAAUUAUUCAUCGUAUUAAAUUUCCCUUGUGAAAUGAUUUGGUGUCACUGUGACGAAGCGGCCCAAUACCCGAAUGCCCAAAUGCCCGAAACGAUGGUCUCGCUCGCUCUAACUCACUCACUCUCUCUGUGUGUUUCCUUCCAUUUGUACAUAAUUCAAUAAAAAUUAGUUAGCUAGAUUGACACGUGAAUUCCAUGGUCAAUCGAAUUGUCCCUUUGUUUCCUCGUUAAAUAUAUACCAAAUGAUUGCUUCUUCUGGGAAAACGGCAUGGCACAACUACUGCGAGAACGAGAGAGAGAGAGAGAGAGAGAGAGAGAGAGAGAGAGAGAGAGAGAGAGAGAGAGAGAGAGAGAGAAAAUGAGUGAGAUUGAGUGUAUCGAUUGUCAAGUGUCCGUUUAGAGCUUGAAGCACAUUACGAAAAUGUGUAUGUGUGUCUAAAGACACUAUUGCAUUACUUUUAAACCGAAAUGAAUGAAUAAUACAAGUUGCCCAAGGAAUAAACAAAAUUUCGAUUAACAAAAACUAAUUCUCGCCACAUCAUACACGCACCACCGGUCCAAAAGACCGAUCCGAUUUUUUUUUAUCCUCUGCAAAUAUGCUUACCCCAUACCGGACAAUAGAAAAUUUUCGACGAAAAUCCGUUAUUGUUAUCUCCUCCGUUGUUACUACGUUGUAAUUUUCAUUCAUUUUUGGGGCUACAAGUAAUGUCAACAAGUUUAUGAAAAUGCCAAUAUUCCCACUGUAUAUACAAUACAAAUAAAUAUGAAUAUAUAUGAGAUACGAUAGUAACAAAAAAAAACAACAACCAUAAUGUAGUUGAACAUUGUGCUAAUUUUAUUUAAAAAUUACAUGACAUACUGUUGCUGAAUGCAAUUAAAAACAAAGUGACAACCAGAAAUUUAUGUACAAAAUGGGAAAACUAUAAUGGAUUUUAAUUUGGAAUAUUGUAUGCGUGUGUGUUGGACACGUAGAGCUGUCGCAAGCUCGUGCAUCUUCCGACACACACACAGCUAAAUGAAAUUCGUAUUACUUCAGCUGUAUUCGUUCGUUUCGAAUGGAAAAAAAGGGAAACUUUGGCAACUUGGACAAAAGCCGGAUUUACCGUUGGUUUGAAUUCCAGACGUGAAUUUAUUUCGAUCUUCUUCUCUUUUCGUAUGUCCGAAAACGGCAAUUUUUAACGAAAAAAAAAAACAGUUACAAUCCCUCUCGAUUGCUGCAAGAAGAAAAAAAACUAACGGACGGAAAAUCAAACAAACUGUUUAUUAUAUUUUCAAAUAAUGUCGAAUCAUGUGAAUAUGGAUUUAUUCAAAUUGUAUUUCCUCCUUUCGUUGCUCAGUGCAAACACCCAUUUCGUGAAUCAUUCGUUUGAAUUCACACACACACACACACAAACACCAAGCAAAAUUCUAUAUUAGUCGCACCGACUGGCGUUUUCAACGUCAAAAUGGAUAAAGACGAAGAGAAAAAAGCGAAAGAAAAAGCACGUAAUCAAAGUCGACAUGUCUUGUUUCCUUGCCGUUCUUACGGACACAUACACAUAAAAUACACGGAUACAACGAAACAUUUCAUUCUUGUUUGUUUUUGAACAUGCAAUUUUGUAGCUCAAAAAUACAUAACAGCAUUUUGCACACGAUUCAAUGAAUGUCAAUAUCUAGAGAUUGUGUGCACACCGUCACACAUUCUCUGCGUAUAUGGAUACGAUAAUACGUCCUAUUCGAAUCCAUAAAAAUAUUUUUUUUUUUUUAAUUAGACAAUCUCUGAUGCUCUGAACAACCUUAUUGAAUAAGAUCUCAAUUCAUCAAAUGACAAAAUACAAAAAAAAUAUACAAAAUCAUCGUAAACAAAAUUUUAGUUGAUAAGACAGAGAGAACAACAUGAAAAAGAAAUGAAAGAAAAAAAAAUAUUUAGGUGAAAUAAAGUCGAAAGAAAAUGAAUCUUCCAAACAUUGAUAAAUGAAAAUACAAGAAGAAGAAAAAACAAACACAUACAUAUAAAUACACAAUAAAUUCCACCAUUAUUAAGACAAACACAAGAUUAUAUAGAUAAAUAGAUGAUAAAUGAGGAGAGGUAAUUGAUAUAUGUGUAGUGCAACUAAAAACAAAAACAAAAAAAACACGAAAUAAUCCUAUUUAUUGACUCCCUCUCUCUCUCUCACAACAGGAAGAUACUCAUAAAUUUAGCAUUUAAUCGUAAUGUAUUCUCAAUGAGUCUGAAUGAUUUAGUAAAAAUUAUUAUGAAACAAAAAAAAAAGUCAAAUAUAAAUAAAUUCUAGUUUAACAAAAAAGAAAUAAACAAAAUUUACAAAAGUCCAUUAAACAACAACAACAACAAAAUGAAAUAUAUGUUUAGCAUUAUAAAUUAAUUGUUAGAGAUUGUUCCAAAGAAGACAAAGAAAGAAAAAUUCUUUUUAACUAUGUUUUGCUUCAAUAGAUUUAGAAAAGUGCUUUAACAAAAACCAAAGUGAAACUAUUAAACAAAACUGAAAAACAAAAAUGUCAAAAUCGUUCAGCCCAUGGUCCUUGAUUUCCUUAUCCAGCCCCUUAUUGUUCGAACUUUUAUCUACUUCAAUACGUACGAUAUUCCCACUUCCGGAGCGGUUACAUCCACAAGAUAAACAAAUAAAUAACCGUACUUCGUCUCAAGAAGCAUGCCGAGAUUUUUUUUCCACACAGAAAACUCUAACACUUUUGCAUUAUAUUUCAUCGAAAUUAAUGCUUUCCGAAUGACACAAGGUCAAAAUUUACUUUCAACAACGGUCCAACAUUUGUAUUUGUAUUUGUACCAGUUUCAUUUGAUAUUUACCACGUUUUUUUUCUAUCUCUUGCUCUCUUCAUUUGAAUCGACGUAAUACCCAUCUCAUAACCUCUUUGCACAUAAUUUACCUAACAAAUUCAUUAUUGUUGUCAGCUCUCAGAACAAGAAGAGAAAAAAAAAUGAAGAAAAAAUAACAUAAUUUUAAUCGAUAGAAGACUGCUUUUUUAUACAUGUACUCAGAUUGUACACUCGAUGUUAAUAGGCACACAAACAAUAUAUAAAACGAUGAUGAUGAUGUUUUUUUUUUGUUUCCUGUUGAAAAUGGUUGCAUGAAAAUUUACUCCAAUCAAACUCCCUCCGGACAAACAAAAAUGGAUUUUGCAAACAGACUUUUUGCCCCCAACCAACCAACCAACCAAUCGACAAUUGUGUGUCAAUCAAUUGCAACUCCAACUUAAAAUUUUAAUCCAAUAUUUUUUUUUCGUUCGUGCGUUCGUUUAUUUGUAUUUCAGUCUGUGUAACGGGCGAAUAUGUUUGAAAAAAAUAGCCUCUAGUUAGUUUGGACCAUUUUGGCAUUAUAUAGCGCGACAAUCUGAGUGCAAUGAAAUAUAUUGAACAUGCAUUCACCCAACGGCAACAUAAAUGACACACACACGAAGUGUUUUUCGAUCCUGAUCAGUCAAUGCAAACAUUUACUUUUAUUAUAGACUUUAUAUAAAUCGAUCUCAAAUGCACUCGGGCCAUUGGUGAAUCGAAUGAUUUAGCGAUUUAUGGGAGAGUACAUUUUUCUUCUUUCUUUUAAAUAUUACGUUUUAAUUUACAUUUCAAUUUAUUGCAUUUUAUUUUUUUUGCUCGUCAAUCGAGCAGAUGGACAAAAAUACGAGAGAUAAAUGUAAAAUUCAUUCGGCUGGGAUAAAAUUUAUUAUUUAACAUGUUAUUUAUGGGACUGCACGAAAAACCGUUGAAUUUAAAUAUACACAAAUAUUAUGUCAAUUUUUUUUUUAUCGCGAUUUUUCCACCUCUCUUGUCGAAUGAAGUUUAUUUUUGUAUUUCCUAUUCAUUCAUUUUUUGUUUUCAUAUUUUCAGUAAAUAAAUUAAAUAUCGUAAUACAUGUAGAUCACCCUAAACAGGGCGGAAAACCUAGUCAAUUCAAUUGUACCUUUGAAUAACGUUUUAGCAUUAUCAACCAAAACAAUUAAAAAACAAACGAAAUCAACUUUAUCAUUUAGACAAAACUUAUUUGAUAUUGAUACUUACUCAGACCCACGAAGGAUAACGCGCCUCAUAAACUAAACGAGGCCUCAUGUUAACACCAGUGUUUAACGUCAUUACCAUCAUAAUAUUGAUUUUAAUUACUUUUUUUCUUCAAAAAAUUCAUUUAUAAAUAGUGCUACCAUUGAUUGCAGUAACUUUCAAUUGUAAGUCAGAAUAACCUUUUCUUGCCUAAUUUAAAGAUUCCGUUGAAAUGUAUCCCAUAAACCACUAAGUCAUUCGUUCGAUGCUGGUUGAAAGUGCACCAAAAAAGAAAAUGACAUUGUAAUUUCUAACAAAUCAAAUGUUGUUUCUUUGUCGACGAAUGUAUAAAAAAAAAUCGUUAUCUUAUUGUAGACGCAAUUUAGUCAAUGGUCAACCGAUUUAGACGAGUAAAAAGCAUCUUGAGUUCGAAUGGAUUUCUGAGCUUUUGAUUUUAUAAAUGAAAAAAAAAAAUUAUUCUGUUAUAUUUUCGCUGCUAUGUUCGGAACUCGCGAGUAUCGACUGGCUGCUCUAUGCCGUCGGCAUUCUUUUGUUGUUUUCUAAUUCUUCUCUGUGAAAACAACUCAAAAUAAGCAGAAAAAAAAGAAUAAAAAUUAAAAAAAAAACUCUAGAUAAUGUUAAGAAGAAAAAAAGAAAUGUUUUCAACGAUGAAAAAUGUAGAAAAUAUUAUGAAAUAAAACGGAAUGCCAAAAGAUUAAUCUAAAAGAACAAAAAAAACGUCUUUGAUUUUCUGAUUACACCAAAAGGAAAACACAUGUGGAUUUUUUUUCAGUUUAACUUGUUGUUUUUUCUCUUUUCAUUUGGUCUUAAUUCGUAAUUCAAUAACAUUUUGUUUUAAUUUACAUUAAUGAUUUGUUUUCUUCUUGAUUCAACGGGGAUGCUCAAACACAACGCUCGUCGUUCUACUUUUUAUUUUUAUUUUUACCCGUGAGGAAUUUUCAAUUCCUCUCAACUUCAUUUACUCUCUUUCUCUCUAGGUUUAUCAUUUACUGUAUUUUCUUUCUUCAAUACGUUCAUUUUCCUAUGGAAAUAAUUUAAA